AUGGCUCGAUCCAAAGAAGAAGACGCGGCUUGGGAAGGCUAUCGCAAUGAGCUUAAAGUUAUGUUUUUGGAUCAACGUCUCACCCUUGAACAAAUUCGACAAUACAUGUCCCAGAAAUACAACUUUUCUAAGAGCAAAGGUCAAUAUACCAGGCAGUUCAAAAAGUGGGAGUUCAAGAAGAACUUCACCGACGAUGAUUGGCGCUUUGUUGCACAUCGUCGUGAAAAGCGAAAGCGUGAGGGAAAAGAUCCAGGGCCUGUGAGGAUGAAUGGUAACCUGGUUCCUGAGGCCAAGGUCAGAAAGGAAAUAUCACGUCAUAUUUUACCAUCCUCUCAGUACCUAGGAACUGUAAAUGGCGACGUUGAGCCUCGAACUCCUGAGGGAAUUGUUGUUGGCACUCCAAAUUCAGAGAUGCAAGGCGCAGAUUCUCGUUAUUCUGUAUCGGCUCUUCAAACAGACUGGCUGUUAGAUUCUCUAGAAGCAGACCAACCGGAGGUAACUCUGGAGUCAGAUAUAGAUCUUACUUCUUCAAAUGCGAUACCUACCCCUCAGAGUGGAUCCAGUCAUGCCGGUCUUGAAUCCCUCAAUAAGGAAAUUGUGAAAGGCACUGAGUCCCUUUUCAUGGAGUACGGUGUAAGUCGUUCUCGAAAUAUUUGCGGCUUAAGUAAAUUCCUCGAGCCUAUCACUAUUGGAAGUGUUCAUAGCGAUUUGAUAAGAAAAGCUAGGACUAUAUUUCAGGCUGAUUCUUCUGACAAUCUAUCACACUACCUAAGCCUCUGCGUCUAUCUAUCAUCAAACAAUCUUUUGCCAUCGUAUGCAAUGGACAAAUUAAUCAGGUUACUAGCGAAAACGAAACCUAAACUCAGAUUGAAAACCCUCUUGCAAUCACAUACCACGACUACGGAGAUAUUCAUGAGCGAUUUGCUGGCUAGUGCCGCUUCGCUGGGUGAAGUAGAGAUCACUCGCAUAUUGAUCAAUCAUGGAGCAGAUGUGGAUGCCAUGCGAGGAGAUUUUCCGAGAGUGACACCUCUUUGCCUAGCAAUCGAGGGGGAAAAUGUCGGUUGCGUCAAACUAUUGUUGGAGGCUGGUGCAGAUCCCAAUCUAGCAGUAGCGGGGAACACCCCUCUUCAGACCGCAUGCUCUGCAUUCGAGAUUUCAAUUGAGAUAUUGGAGCUCUUGCUGAAGUCCGGAGCGCAUCUCAAUCCCGCACAAGACUCUGCCCGACUCACAGCCCUCCAAUUGGCAGUGCGACGACGUCGAGCAGAUGUAGUGCGCCUGCUCAUUCAAUGGAAGGCUGACCCGAACAGUUACACCACCUCUAAACACGGUACCGCUUUACAAGUUGCAUGCAGUUCAUCAAAUGUGGAAAUACCAGAGCUUCUGAUAAAUGCAGGUGCAAAUAUUGAGGCACGCUCAGACUACAAAGACAAUAAUGAAUCUCUCUCGCGCACAUAUUUCGACCAUAGUGAUGCGGAAUCUAUUUCAGAAUCCGAUCACGAUUACGAUCACGAUGAAUUUCCUGAUGGCCUGUUCCGGUUUAAAUCGGCCAUAGUCAUAGCUGCUGACUACAAGAAUUGGGAGACAGUUCAGAUCUUGCUGGAGGAAGGAGCUGCCGUUAAUCCCAGCAUGAGGGUGUUUCCAACCAAGGCUUUGAGAGCACAAUUUAUGGAUAAUGAUGUUGAUUGGGAUGGUGAUUGGGAUGUUGAUUGGGAUGGUGAUUGGGAUGGUAAUUGGGUCCGUCCAGUUAUAUUAACCCCAUUGCAAGCCGCCGUACGAGCGGAGAACAUCACCAUGACACGGAUGCUUCUGAGUGCCGGGGCGCACGUUGAUGCAAGGCCUAAGGGAAGGUAUGGUCAUACCGCCCUCCAGAUUGCUGCUAUGGUAGGGAAUCAGAGACUUGUUCAGAUUCUUCUGCUAAAGGGCGCCGACAUCAAUGCGGAUGCGGGUGUCUUUAAUGGGAAGACUGCGCUUCAAGCAGCUGCUUGUCAUUCAGAUACCGGCCUUUUGAGUUUCUUAUUAAACGAGGGAGCCGAUGCCAAUGCUCCCCAUCCCAGAAUAACGGCAACAAAGGGAAACGUAGACGCGGUCAGGAUUUUACUUGACGCAGGUGCAUCCGUCAAUAUCGACAAAAAUUGCAACGAGGGACUGGUCGCUCUUCAAGAAAGUAUCCAAAUCAAAGAUUUGGAAGUGAGAGAGGAAAUUAUUUCUUUACUUCUAGAGGCAGGUGCACAUUUUGAGCCUCCUACAGACCCCGGAAAACAAGGAUCUUUGGGUACUGCUGACCACGGAAAACAUGGAUCCCUUCAUACUGCAGUUGCUAGGAGAGAUAUUGACAUGACCAAAAGACUGCUGAAAAGAGGCGCGAAUCCGAAUAUUGGCUAUUGUAUGACCAAUAACCAUACUCCUCUCCAAAGAGCCUCAUAUCUGGGAAAUGAGACUUUAGUGCAUAUGUUGGUCAGCCAUGGAGCAGAUAUUAAUGCACCAGCCUAUCCUUCAGGAGGUCACACCGCUUUGCAGUUGGCUGCUUCACAGGGCCACGUGAAGAUAGUAAAAAUCCUAUUGGACUCUGGCGCUAAUGUUAGAGCGCCAAAAGCUUCGGUGAAUGGAAUUUCAGCAAUAGGAAGCGCUCUUUGUGAAUGCAAUCACGAACUGAUCAAAAUCUUUCUCAAUAAAGAUCCUGAGAUAAUCUCUUCUGAUCCAAUUACAAGGCGCGAUGCUCUCGGGAAUGUCUUGGAAUCGUGGAAAUGUACCGUAUCUCUGGUCAAUCUCUUACUCAAGAACGGGGCUGAUGUUAAUACCCCACCAUGUUUACCCGCGUUGAAGCCGUGUCUCCAAAUAGCAGUACAGAAAGGCUAUUUCGAUAUAGUUCAAUGUCUACUUACUGCUGGUGCUGAUGUGAACCGUCGUUGGACACCAGGAAAAUAUGAGCGGGGAGUUACUGCUCUUCAAGCUGCUGCCUAUACUCGAAAUAUUGAUAUUGUUCGGAUGCUGAUAGAGUGGGGCGCUGACGUCAAUGCACCAGCAUCUCCUACUGAUGGAGGACGGACAGCUCUGCAAAUAGCAGUGUCGGAGAAUUACUUUGAGAUGGUACAGCUAUUAGUGCAAAAUGGGGCGGAUAUAAAUGGUCAACCAAGUCCACAACGAGGUCGGACAGCGCUUCAAAUAGCAGCAAGCUCGGGUUAUAUGAAACUAACCAAAUACCUUCUUCAGAGGAAUGCUGACAUCAAUGCUCCAGCUGCCCACUUUGGUGGCAUAACUGCAUUGCAAGGUGCCUCAAUCAAGGGCAACAUUCGAAUUGUUAUGAUGCUGCUUGCUGCAGGCGCCAAUAUCAAUGCGCCCCCUGCUAUAGAAAAUGGACGAAGUGCCAUCGAGGGUGCUGCCGAGAAUGGUAGACUAGACACAUUGCAUCUUCUUCUAAAUUAUCAUCCAGAUACCGAAGACUUCGAGAUAAGAAGAAAGAGAGCAGCCAAGCUCGCUCUCGCAAAUGGUCAUCUGGCAAUCGGAAGAUUUCUGAUGGCAUAUCGAAAAAGCGCAUGGAAGUGAUAGCUACAUUGUCGUGGCAUAUUGCACGAAAAUAAGUAAUAAAUUUUUCAUUUUGUUUUAUCUGCUGUUAUGAAACUGCCCUCUUUGCGAGAUUUUGGAAGAUGGAGAGUCAAAUUGAAGAGAGUUUUGUGAAUGUUGAAUGUGGUUGAAUGAUUUAUUU